CCUCUUACAAGGAUUGGCACAAAUCUUUUAUGAUAAUUUGGAUAUUAUUUCUUAUGGCAAAAUCGUGUAGGCUGAUUGAAAGAAACGUAUCACAUGAAUACUUCGAUUUGAAUCAUGUAUAAUAAUGCUUUUUAACCAUUAAAUACUUAUACAUGUGGACCAAGUGUAAGAUUCUGAUAAAUAUUUUUUUCUUGUUUACAUUAUUAGUUGAUAUUUUAUAUGUGUGUGUACAUAACAUACAUAACUCACGUGCAUGCUAGAUUUGGAGUUUGGAUAACGUGUGAUGCAAACAUCGAUGGAACGCAAUAAAAUAUAUGACGUAACCAACCUUUCAACGUCAGCAGUGACAAGUCGUGGAUAUAUCGUACAUCCGGAUCGGUUACGUUCGGAGAGGAGAGUUUUAAUAGAUAUUCCACGGACAAGGAACACGAUUAACAUAUAUAAACUGAAAAACAUUGCCGUAAUAUUGAAGUGAUGAGUCUAACAAUGUAAAAUGAAUCGUCUUAACUGUAAUUAACAAUUUAAAUAGUGUGUAGAUAUUGUUAAAUCUGACAGUAAUCACGUGCAUUUGUCUGAUUGAAAGCAAAUGAUGGAACUGAUCUCGAAUCCAUAGCCAAAUCACGUGACUACAUUGCAUAAAUAUGAAGGUCGUGUGAAAACAUUACUUGUGUUUCGUUUCACUCAUCAAUUAGACGCAUACCAUCUGGAGAAUAUUUCUAAUACAACAUGUAAUUUCAAGACGGAACAAACAAACAUCAACACACAUACACCCAAUCCUUGUAAGCAUGCGUAACUUAUGGUUGUCAAUUAAAGAUUUGAGAAGUAACAUCUACCAGUUGUGAUACGAACCACGCGGAUAUACUUAUGUUAAAAGUAUAAAGCAUAUGAAUACUUAAUAUCGACAUACGGCAAUGUAAUGCUGUAAUGCAUUCUUCUUUAAGUGCUAAUACUUUUUCAGUUUUUGUCUUCACGUGCCAUUUCACGUUCUCCAUAUUUUCCAUGACUUGUUUGUAGCUAGAUCUAGAAGUUUUUUUCGAACACACUUGUGAAACAUGACAAGUCUAGUCUGCUUACAUCGACCAAUCACGUCUGCAUAAUUUACGUGCGGUAAAAACUUGUCCUCUGCGCAUGCGAGUGCACCAUCACCAAUCACUUUCCAUAUUGCACGUGCAUUUAGUAAAGAGAAUACGACCAUUGUAAGACGUCAUACAGGUCAGUGUCACGUGUCUGUCUGUAUACUUGUCUGCUGCAGUCAGCCGUUAUUUCCGCCAUGACAGACGACAACACCAUGACCUCCACCACCAACGCCAUUGCGGAAGCCUGGUCCGCGAUGGACGGCCACCUGGUGCUGAAGUCCAGCAGUUUCAAUGUCAAGGACAUCCUGGACCUUCAGCCCGGCGGCAAGCUGGCCUGCAGCGCUGUGUCGAGCGAGACGACGUCCGCGGGCUCAUUUCGGACGAUUCCGAACAUUCCCGAACUGCCGCCAGUGGAUUACGGCGGAUACGACGCCGGCGACAAUCCGUACGCCCGAUGGUUGCAGAACAACUCUGCAGAUGUCAUGCAGUAUACACACAUGCACCACCAUAUGAACUCACCCGGAAGCAGUUCGAACCAGUCUGCGGGGGAACUCACACCACACGACACAGCCGGAAACCAGUCCAGUCGAUCGAUGAAAUCGGAGCACGAGGACUCUGGUCUGGACGCAGAUGACAAUGACAAGGAAGACGAUGAACUGAUUGAUGAUGAAAACGGGGAAGAGUCGGGUAGUGAAAAGAAAGACUCUAAUAGUUCCGAGCCGCAGAAAAAGCGGAAACGACGCGUGUUGUUUUCAAAAGCUCAAACAUACGAAUUAGAGCGUCGUUUUCGACAGCAGAGAUAUUUAUCCGCGCCGGAACGGGAACAUUUAGCCAGCAUUAUCCGCCUUACACCAGUGCAAGUGAAAAUUUGGUUUCAAAAUCAUAGGUAUAAACUAAAGCGCGCUCGCCAAGAAAAGGGUCUGGACAUGAAUCCGUUGCCGUCGCCGCGUAGAGUGGCUGUUCCGGUUCUAGUACGCGACGGAAAGCCUUGUCAGCCUUCAAUGAACGGUGGACUUAUGAAAUCAAACGAUCACCACCAUCACCACUCUGUGUCUUCGAAUCUCAGCUCAGUAUCGCAAAUGGUGCAUACCGGUAUGGGUGGAAUGAACGGUGUGAAUUCCAUGAACUCACUGCCGCCAAUUGGCGACGGCCUCCAGUCCAUGAACACUCUCAACACGUCCCUAUCCUCGCAAAUGAAUAUGAGCUGCGCGUAUAAUAUGAACACGGCCGCCAUGAACUCUAUGAACGGUAUGAACAUACCGAACAUGAACAGCUAUACGAACAAUAUGAACGUGUUACCUGGUUACAGUCACCCACUAAUGCAGCCUCAAACAAGAUGGUGGUGACUGUAGGAAACAUUGUGUGUCUUGCUAUUAAUUCAUCUCCAUAGAAACGAGUCUCAGUCCGCGUUUGAAACAACUGUCUCAAUUAACCCAUUUAUGCCUAGUGGACUCUCCCAUCUUUCUAAAUUGGAUCAAUUAAUUUCCAAAAUUAGGGAUGUGUAGUAUAUUUAUUUCUAUAUUUUGAAUAUCUCUUACAGAAAUUCCUUUAAGCAAACAGCGCAGAUCCUGAUGAGACGCCGCAUCAGCGGCGUCUCAUCUGGGUCUACGCUGUUUUCCAAGGUAUUUUUUCUAGACGCUUGGCAUAAAUGGGUUAAACAUUUCGUCUCAUUAUUUAUUUGCGUCUACGGUCAAUAUAUUGCUUUGUCGCAAUUCUAAAAUGCAUUUAGCCAUUUACCGGCAGUGUGAUUAGCCAUGUACCGGAUUUUUUGCAAUGCAGGCUAAAUAAACUGAAUAAACUUCAAA